AAAUCAACAACUUGGAAGCCAUAGCCACACAGCACAAAAACCCCACUUUCCUAUAGCCAUAGCCAUGGAUUUCAUACAAAUACAAUACACAUGACACUCCCCUUUCAAAGCGUCCAUCAACAAAGCACCAAAAGAGAAAAAAGAGGAAUUAAUCAAAGCAAAAAGCCACUUCUGCCUUCUGCUUUUAUGCUUUCUCCCCUUCCAUAUCUUGAAAAUUUAACCUCCCAAUUUGAAAAAUCCUUCCUUUUAUUAUAUUGCUUUCUGUAACGCGUGUAGUUACUGCACGCAAUUUGAUUUCAAAUUGCCUCCAUUUUCAAUUGUUUUAACUUCGCUGGUCAAAAUUUGCUGUCAUUUUCACGACAACUGAUCGAUCCGGGGGCCUGCAAGGAAAGACCCAAUUGUGUGACAAGAUAAAGUGCUUCAAGAUUUGGGUUGGGUUGCUUUUCCUUUUUUCCAUUUCCCUCUGUUUUUUUCUUGCUUUUGCGAGUGUUAAGAUCUGUUUCGAGCUGGAGACUUCAGUUUGUAGGAUCCCAUUUAUUUGAGGGAUUUUUUGUAUUGAGUGUUUUUCUGCUCGGUGGAAUUGGGAUCUUUUUUGCCUAAUUUCUCGGAGUGGCUUUGAAGGUAUAGGGUUUUUAGGUUCACAAUUGGGGAAGUGGGGUUCAAGAUUCGUAGGUUUUGACAUGGUGAGUGGCGUGACUGGUUAUUGAAGGGUCACUAAUGGUGUUGUUGUUCGGUAAUUGUAUGGUCCCCUCCAUUAAGUUGGGCAGCUAAGUCGGUGGGGUCUGCGGAGUUAAAGUAGGAUUUCACUUUUGAAGAACAAAAAGGGUGGAAAAAGUUCCCUUUUGAUCCAAUUAUAGGGGUGUUGAUUGGGGUUCAUUGAAUUGGAGGAGAGGGGCAAAGGAUCCUCUUUGAGUGUAAUGUCGCCGGUUAAUAAUACACGUUCCUAUCAGUCGAUCAAGUCGUUGCCCGUUGAUUUUAAGUAUGCGGGUGAUGAAGGUGUUGAUAGGAUGAUGUUGCCUGAAACUAUUUUGGAGAAUGCUGAAGAAUUGAGGGAUGCCUCGGAGGGGGCAGCUAAUGGUAGGGGUCAUGUUGGUUCAGAUAGUGAUGAAUCUCCCUAUGGUAGUUUGAAUGUGCCAGCCAAAGAUGGGGCUCCUUUGGCUGAUGAUAGUGAUGAUCAUAAGGAUCCCAGUACUCCAGUGCCGUUGGUUAAACGAUCAUAUGCCGAUUCGAAGUGGAGUGACACCACCCCAUAUGCAUCGAAGAAGAAAAUUCAGUCGUGGGUUCAGCUUCCUGAUGGUAAUUGGGAGCUUGGAACAGUUAUUCAGACUACUGGUAACAAUUCAGUGAUAACAUUGCCCGAGGGAAAAGUACUGCAAGUGAGUUCAGAAACUCUGAUACCGGCAAAUCCUGAUAUUCUUGAUGGUGUAGAUGACCUCAUGCAAUUGAGUUACCUAAACGAACCUUCAGUAUUGUACAAUCUCCAAUACAGAUAUGAUCGAGAUUUGAUUUAUACUAAAGCAGGCCCAGUACUGGUGGCAGUUAAUCCCUUUAAAAAAGUCUUGCUAUAUGGAAAUGAUUAUAUUGAAGCUUACAAGCGCAAAUCUUUGGACAGCCCUCAUGUAUAUGCUAUCACGGAUACAGCUAUGCGUGAAAUGAUCCGAGAUGAAGUAAACCAAUCUAUCAUUAUAAGUGGGGAAAGUGGAGCAGGAAAGACAGAAACUGCUAAGAUAGCAAUGCAAUAUUUGGCUGCUCUGGGAGGUGGUAGUGGUAUCGAGUAUGAGAUAUUAAAGACGAAUCCUAUUCUGGAAGCUUUUGGUAAUGCCAAGACAUUAAGAAAUGACAACUCAAGUCGAUUUGGAAAGCUGAUCGAAAUCCACUUCAGUGAAACUGGAAAAAUAUCGGGUGCCAAGAUUCAAACUUUUUUACUAGAGAAGUCAAGAGUUGUUCAAUGUUCGGAGGGAGAAAGAUCAUAUCAUAUAUUUUAUCAACUUUGUGCCGGGGCUUCACCUAGCCUAAGAGAAAAAUUGAACUUAAAGAAUGCAGAUGAGUUCAAGUAUCUGAGGCAGAGCAAUUGCUUUACGAUCUCUGGGGUUGAUGAUGCCGAACAAUUUCGUAUAGUACUGGACGCUUUGGAUAUUGUUCAUGUAAGUAAGGAAGAUCAGGAUAGCGUAUUUGCAAUGCUGGCUGCAGUACUAUGGCUAGGAGACGUCACUUUCACUUCAAUUGAUAGUGAAAAUCAUGUUGAACCAGUGAUUGAUGAAGGUCUAACCACUGUCUCCACGUUGAUUGGGUGCAAAGUUGAGGAACUAAAGCUAGCAUUAUCAACUCGAAAAAUGAGAGUAGGGAGAAGAAAUGAUACAAUUGUCCAAAAACUCACUCUAGCACAGGCCAUGGAUACAAGGGAUGCGCUGGCAAAAUCGAUUUAUUCAUGUUUGUUUGAUUGGCUAGUGGAGCAGAUAAAUAAAUCACUAGCAGUUGGCAAGAGGCGUACAGGAAGAUCCAUCAGUAUCCUUGAUAUUUAUGGUUUCGAAUCGUUUGAGAGAAACAGUUUUGAGCAGUUCUGCAUUAACUAUGCCAAUGAAAGAUUACAACAACACUUCAAUCGCCACUUGUUUAAAUUGGAGCAAGAGGAAUACAUUCACGAUGGCAUUGACUGGGCAAAAGUUGAUUUUGAAGACAAUCAGGAUUGCCUUAAUUUGUUUGAGAAGAAACCAUUAGGGUUACAGUCGUUGCUCGAUGAGGAAUCAACCUUUCCAAAUGGUACAGAUUUGAGCUUUGCAAAUAAGCUCAAGCAACAUCUAAGUGCUAAUCCUUGUUUUCAAGGAGAAAGAGAGAAAGCUUUCCGCGUUCGCCACUAUGCUGGAGAGGUUACAUAUGACACCACUGGUUUUCUUGAGAAGAACAGGGAUUUACUUCAUUUGGAUUCAAUCGAACUUCUUUCGUCUUGCACGUGCCCCCUUCCUCAGGCUUUUGCAUCCAGCAUGCUCAAUCAAUCCGAGAAGCCAGUAGUAGGGGCACUGCAUAAAUCUGGUGGAGCAGAUUCACAAAAAUUAAGCGUUACGACAAAAUUUAAGAGCCAACUGUUCCAGUUAAUGCAACGUCUUGAAAGCACAACUCCACACUUCAUACGCUGCAUAAAGCCCAACAACUUCCAAUCUCCUGGUAGCUAUAAUCAAGGACUCAUACUACAACAGUUGCGGUGCUGUGGAGUCUUAGAAGUUGUUAGGAUAUCAAGAUCCGGGUUUCCUACCCGGAUGUCUCAUCAAAAGUUUGCGAGAAGGUACGGUUUUCUUCUAUUAGAUCACGUAGCGUCUCAGGACCCGCUUAGUGUUUCAGUAGCAAUUCUUCAUCAGUUCAACAUUCUCCCCGAGAUGUACCAAGUUGGAUACACAAAAUUGUUUUUCCGAACUGGACAGAUUGGGGUGCUUGAAGAUACAAGAAAUCGCACUCUCCAUGGGAUAUUGCGCGUCCAAAGUUGCUUUAGAGGCCAUAAGGCUCGAUGCCUGCUGAGGGAUUUUAGGAGAGGGAUUGUUACCCUACAGUCAUUUAUCCAUGGAGAAAAGGUAAGGAAGGAGUACGCAGGCAUACUCCGAAGGCAUAGGGCCGCCAUAUCCAUCCAAAAGAAUGCCAGAGCUAGGAUUUUGAGGAAAAAGUUCAACAGAGUUAGGGAGGCAGCUACCUCGAUGCAAUCAGUUAUUCGUGGCUGGUUGGUCCGAAGAUGCUCAGGGGACAUAGGAUUGCUGCAAUUUGGAGGAAGAAAGGGUAAUGAGCCGGAAGAAGUGCUGGUGAAGUCAUCGUUCCUUGCUGAACUGCAACGCCGUGUUCUCCGAGCUGAGGCCUCUCUAAGAGAGAAAGAAGAGGAGAACGACAUCCUUCACCAACGGCUGCAGCAGUACGAGAAUCGUUGGUGUGAAUACGAGCUAAAAAUGAAGUCUAUGGAGGAGGUGUGGCAGAAGCAGAUGAGAUCACUGCAGUCGAGCCUGUCCAUUGCAAAGAAGAGCCUCGCCUUCGAUGAUUCCCAGAGAAACUCUGAUGCCUCUGUAAAUGGAGCCGAAGAAAGUAGCUGGGACACCGGCAACAAUCUGAGGAUCCAAGAAAAUGGGGGGAGACCAACGACUGCCGGGUUAAGCGUCAUUGGCCGGUUGGCUGAGGAGUUUGAGCAGAGGAGCCAAGUAUUCGGAGAUGACGCCAAGUUCUUGGUGGAAGUGAAGUCGGGCCAGACUGAGGCGAGCUUGGACCCGGAUCACGAGCUUCGGAGGCUGAAGGCUAUGUUUGAAGCGUGGAAGAAGGACUACGGGUCAAGAUUGAGGGAGACGAAGGUGAUACUUAACAAGCUCGGGGGCGAAGAGGGUAGUUCGGCUGAUAAGGCGAGGAAGAAAUGGUGGGGGAGACGAAACAGCACGCGGAUGGGUUGACGUUUUAUGAGGAGAGGCGCGUCGACGACGACGACGACGGAAGAGGUAGCUACAGGUGUAUAGUUAUGGUUUACUUGGCUGAAGGAAAUAUUUGGAAUUGCAUAUCUUUGUUAAGUUUGUGCAACUCAAAGAGAGUGAAAGUUUCGCAUUAAUUUCUGAUACUAUUAGUCUUUGUAAAUGGUCAUCUUUUUUGGGGUUUUUGUGGAGAAGAAAAGGUUUGAUUUUUGGUGUUUUUCAGUGAUUGUAUUAUAAUUUGUUGCUAUACAUGUUAAAAUGCAGUGUGCAUGUAUUAGUUUGGGUAUCAAAAUGAAUGGAUAAGGAA